AUGCAUUACUUACUUAAAUUAUUCCCUAUUGCUGUAGCAAGUUUCAUCAAACUGGUUCAUUGUAAUGAACCAACUGGAGAUAAUGUAUGCGUAGUACCUGUAGAAAAAGAAUUACUUCAAUUGGAGGAAUAUGUUCACAAGAUACCACAUAGGACGAAAGUUUGGUGUGGUGAUACUAACAAAGGUUUCAAUUGUAGUGAUAUUAGGUAUGAUGAAAAAAUAUCUCAUCGACAUGUGCCAAAAAUUGUAGUAGAAUAUGUAAAACGAUGUUGUGAUGGUUAUAAAAAAACUACCAAUAACACGUGCAUUCCUAUAUGUGAUCCACCAUGCUAUAAAGGUAUUUGUACAGCACCAAAUAAUUGUACAUGUAAUUCUGGUUUUGGUGGUCCUACAUGCUCGAUAGCCUGCCCAUCAGGAUUCUGGGGUCCAUCCUGUUCUUUGAAAUGUGAAUGUAAUCGCGGAGCUUCUUGCGAUCCUAUUACCGGCAUCUGCCAUUGCCCUUCUGGUUUUCAUGGUGAACACUGCGAGGAACCAUGUAAUGAUAAACGUUGGGGUCCAAGUUGCGCAUUCCUGUGUUUAUGUCAAAAUAAUGGUAGCUGCAGCUCAGUUGAUGGCUCAUGCAAGUGUCCUUCUGGAUUUUCUGGUCCACUGUGUCUUGAGGAAUGUGAGGAAGGAAAGCAUGGACCUGACUGUAUACAUGACUGUAAAUGCCAAAAUGGCGCAUAUUGCAACAAAAAAGAUGGCAGUUGCAUGUGUACUGCAGGAUUUUCGGGUCGAUUUUGUGAAAACAAAUGUAAAAAAGGUUAUUAUGGUAUUGACUGUGCAUCAAACUGUUUCUGUUACAAUGGAAAUGAAUGUGAUCCUGUAACUGGGAAUUGUCAUUGUGUUGGUUUUAUUGGAAAACACUGCGAAGAGCCAUGUCCGGAAGGCACAUUUGGAAAAAAAGUAUCAUUCACUAGAAUAACUAAAGCUGCUGCUAUUUCUAUAGUGUAA